AUGAAUGAGCUGGAAAAAAGGAUGGAAAAGUUAGAGGGGCUAGCGGAAAGGAGAAACCAGGAGGGACAAGCGGUUUUCAAGGAGGGAGAACUGAUGGUAAGCAAAGAGACGGAAGAAAGGGUUAGAAGCCUAGAGAUAAGCGUGGAAAGACAGGAAAGAAAGGUGAGAAGGAAAAAUAUUAUUGUCAAAGGUGUAGAGAUGCAGAGAAAUAAGGAAUGGAGCCAAGAGGUCGAGAGAAUUUGGGAGAAGAUAGGAGUUGAAGGAGGCAAAAGAAACAUGAGGAAGAUUGGAGGGAUUGAUAAGGAAGGAAAAAGUUUAGUGCUGAUAGAAAUGGAAGGGUUAGAGAAAAAAAGAGAGGUUAUGAUGGCAAAAAGUAAAUUGAAAGGAGAAAAAGUAAGAAUUGAAGACGAUCUCACGAGAGAAGAAAGAAGAAUACAAAGGUUGAUAAUGGAGGAAGCAAGGAAAGAGAGAGAGAAUGGAAAAAGGGUAAAAGUAGGAUACAUGAAGAUGUGGGUUAACGACGAACUAAGGCUAUGGAAUGAGUCGGGGGAAGGUUGGAAAAUGGAAGAGGGAAACGGGUAA